GCUGAUGGGCUGGAUCACCCUAAUAUCUUGGUUGCUUUUUGUUUAUUUAUAACAGAAAAUAGAAUAGACCUCCACAAAUUAUUAUAAAUCCUUUUCGAGCUUAGUUUUCUUUACCCUAGCAUAGAUAAUCAUUGCAGUUUUUCAUCUAUGCCGAUUCACAAUGCACCUGUCAACACACACCCGCCACUGGUCUGCCUAACACAAUAGAAUAACAAAUGCAAUAGAAUCAUCAAAGAAAACUGCAAUAGUUAACAGAAUGCCGAAGGCUCCGUUGCCUGCCCCCGCCCCCCCGGAAUGUAAGGAGUCCCUGGGUCAGAGCCCCGCAGUCCUCGCCAAACGAGAUAUCAUCCACACAGAAAGUUGGUGCCCAAAUCCAAAUCAAUUUGAUUACGAUAAAUUUUGCGAUCCAAAAUAUCCCAAAACUGUACAUUUCAGCCAAAUUUUAAAAGCGCACGACAUCAUUAAGGAGUACAUACCGCCUACCCUACUGACGAAAUCAAAAUGUUGCAAAAGAUUUUCAAUGGAAUUAUAUUUCAAAGUAGAAACCUUUCACAGAACUGGAAGCUUCCACGAGCGGGCUGCUAUUUAUUCAUUGGUAACCCUGACUCCCGAGCAACGGCAUCAAGGAGUUGUUACGGCAUCCGUAGGAAAUUGGGCUAUGGCUCUAGCAUAUCAAGCCUACCUGUUCAACAUUCGAGUGACGGUCGUGCUGCCCGUGGUGACUGCCUUCAGAGUGGUGGACAAGUGCAAGAGUUACGGAGCUCACGUGCUACUCUACGGGAACAACUUCGCGGAGGCGAAACAACGAGCCUUCACACUCAUCGCCCAAUCCCGAGGCUUCUACUUGAAUGGGUUUGACCACCCUCACGUGAUCGCCGGCGACGGCUCCGUCGGUAUAGAGAUCAUGCAGCAGCUGCCCGACGUGGAGGCCAUCCUCGUGCCGGUCGGCGGCGGCGGCCUGCUAGCGGGCGUGGCCGCCGCCGUCAAACACCAAAAUCGAAAAGUUCUAAUAUACGGUAUAGAGACAGUCAAAAGCUGCGGUUUCUUCAAGGCAAUGGAUAAUGAGAAUCCCUACCAGAUAGAGUCUCAAGUCGGCCUCGCCAACUCACUCAUUGUACCAAAACCUGGUGAAAAUGCAUUUCACACAGCUCGAUCAUUGAUAGACAAAAUGGUACUCGUCGAUGAUGACUGGAUAGCAAGAGCUGUUUUACAUUUACUAGAACAGGAAAAUCUAGUUUCGGAAGGUGCAGGAGCUAUCGCCUUAGGAUCCCUCUUGUGCUUACCUGAUAUUCUACCAGAGUUACACGGCAAAAAAGUGGUCUGCAUCGUUUCUGGUGGUAAUUUAGAAAUCUUUCCUAUGAUAAAGGUUAUUACGCGCGCUAAAAUAAUUGAAGGUUGCAAUGUAUCAUUGACGGUUCGUAUUUCAGGGGGUCGGACAGACUACGAGCGUAGGAGGAUCUUUAAAGCCCUCAAAUCACUAAAUUGCAAUAUCACGGUAUGUGACUUGGAGCGCGAAUGGCUGACUGAAGACAAGUUAAUUGAUAGCUACGUAAGCAUUCAGUUUCAAACAAGAAAUUUCAAGCACGCUCUUACUGUAAAAAAUGUUAUGGACAAGCUAUUUCCUAACGUCUGUGAGUUUUGUGAAGAUACCUUUAAGGACAUAGCGACCUGUGCCUGUUUUCCUAGGAAGAUGUAACCCAAACAACGUGAUAUAUAUGUAUUUCUGUUAAAUUUUAGAAUGUUAGCAAUCGA